CCCCAGAGAUCGGGUACCAUUCUGGACCCGCGUUCAGUGAAUUCGUUACUCCGCAGAGUUGCUCUUGGGCGCUGGGAGGGUGGUGCGCUCUCGGUCCGCAGUCAGGGGCCUGUUUGCGGGGAGCCUCCCGGGUCGGGUGCUGCUGCUUGCAGCCUCGGGGGAGAGACCGGCCUGUUGGGGUGAGCGCCCGCAGCCUGCAGUCUGGGGAGCCUGCGGACCCCGAGCCCUGUCCGCCCGGCACCAUCCAGUCUGGGUUGAAUCUGGGAGUGACAGAACUAAUGGCGACAGAGCAGGUUCCUGACCGAUGAAAUAGAUAAACUAGGUUUUCAUAGCUGUUCUCUGAUGAUCUUGGUAUAGUAUUCACCUGUGUAUUUCAAAAGUAAUCUCACAUUUGAAGAGACUAACAGUUCCUGUUUUUACCAGCAAUCAAGUUGAAGAAACAUCUCCACUACUUAAAGAGGGACCUGCAAACUAUUUUUAUUUAGCUGUCCCAAUGGGAUUUUCUGUUAGUAAAUCUGCUACUCAGGUAUCUGCUCUGCGUAUGGAUUCAAAAGUGGAUGAUCACUUAAUGCAAGGGACUGAGAAAAGCAAACUGGAACCAGUGACUCAGUUAUUUCAAAACACCAAGAAAAUAAGAUUAGAAGACACAAACCAAGAAAACUUUACAAGGAGCAAAGAUACUGGCACAGGAUCUCUUUCGGAGAAAGCCUUGGGUUCAGUGGUGUAUGUUAAAGAAAGUGAUGGAAUAGAAAUGAUAGACGUGGAAUGAAGUUAUUUGUGUAUGUUACCAAAGAAACCAAAAAUUGCUUUUGACUAAGACGGCCUGUUGAAUGAGAACUUAACCUUAUUACGAAAACCUAACAAAAUGAACGAAGACGAUUGCUUAUUUUUCACUAUUUAUGAAUCACUGUAGAUUGCACUUUUUGAUGAUACAUAUUCAGAAAAGUUGCUUUAGAGAGAAGAAGCUUUCCAAAAUUCAAAGAAGAUUUCUCUGGUAUUACAUUCUGUCCUUGUCAAAAAAUCAGAGUUUUUGUGUAACAGUAUUUAAAUGGCACCAAAACAUUUUAAUUAUAAUGUAUUUCUCUAACAAAUGAUCAAAAACCCAAACACUGCCCAAACAAUUUGACAUCAGUAUUUCACAUGAUUUCUGGUGUACUGAUUUUGUAUGUUGAAAUUCCAGUUAGCGAUUUUGCUUUAGAAUACUUUAUCUUCUUGCAUUUUUGCAUGUCUGUUCGGUUAAAGAUCAGUGGCAGCUAAACUCAAAGACCAGUAAAUUACGUACCUUGAGAAGCAUUUCACAUUUCAAAUCAUCUUUUUAAAACUUUUUUUUCACUCACGUGGAAUUCAUUUCAGAGUUCACAAAAUAGUUUUUUCUAAGUGUAAUAAUUUAUCUUGCAGAUGUUACCAUUUUAUACCACCAAUAUUUAAGAAAACAAUCUAGUUGUUAAAAACAAUUCUUGUUUUGUAUAUAUCAGUUUGCAAUUCUUAUUAAAACAUCUAGUAGUUUGAAACAGCAGUAUUGUCCCAAGUAAUGUAAGCUGAAGUUAAAAACCAUUUGUGUCUGGACAUAUAGUGACUUAUAAAUAUUUCUAUUAUGUAUGUUUUGAACAUUUUCCUGUACUUUAAUAUUUACUGGUGAUCUCUAAUGCUCAACUGAGUAAUCUCCUUAAUAUUCAUAAAGGAAAAAGGCAUAUUCAAAGAGGAAAAGGCAUCUUCUCUUAGGAGAAGAAAUAUUUUGUAAAUCAGAAAAAAAGCCAAA